AAAGGCGCAGCGCCCCCCUUCCUCCCCCCCCUGCUCGGUGCCGCGGGGCGGUUCCGGGGCGGUCCCCGCGGCGCAUGGCGGCGCUUCCGCUCGGCGCCGAGGCACCGGCACCAUGAACUACAUGCCGGGCACGGCCAGCCUCAUCCAGGACAUCGACAAGAAGCACCUGGUGCUGCUGCGAGAUGGCCGGACGCUGAUCGGCUUCCUGCGCAGCAUCGACCAGUUCGCGAACCUGGUGCUGCACCAGACCGUGGAGCGCAUCCACGUGGGCAAGAAGUACGGGGACAUCCCCCGGGGCAUCUUCGUCGUCAGGGGCGAGAACGUCGUCCUGCUGGGGGAAAUAGACCUGGAGAAGGAGAGCGACACGCCGCUGCAGCAGGUCUCCAUCGAGGAGAUCUUGGAGGAGCAGCGGCUGGAGCUGCAGGCCAAGCAGGAGUCGGAGAAGCUGAAGGUGCAGGCGCUGAAGGAGCGGGGCCUGGCGGUGCCGCGCGCGGACACCCUGGAUGAGUACUGACGGGGCCGCCAUGGACGCGACCCCCGCGGCGGGGCUGGGGGGCCGCCCGCCCGCGUGCUGAUGCAAAGCUCCCCAGGAAGGCUGCCUUUAUCUCAGAAUUGUGUUUUCUGUGGCGCAGACAACUUAAAAAAUCAUGGUUUUGGUUCCUCCGUGUGGAGAAGGAGGAGCGGUGGCGUUGGGCUGCCCUCUGAGGCUCUGGUGAGCGAGGGAGGGUCUGUUCCGAGGGGAGCCCCUCGGGUCUUUUUGUUUGUUUUUUCCUCGUGUGACUCUGGGCAAGAGUUCCCCCUGAUGUGUAAAUAAAUCCCUGAUCUCAACAGCA